AUGGACACUGUCAAUGUUCAUGAUAUGGAUUUUGAUACAACCAAAGUGAAAGUUACAAAUAGGUUUAAUUGGGAACCUCAUACAUUCAAGAUAUUUCUUGAGGAAUGUAUGACCGAGCUAAAAAACAGGAAUAGAGCGAGUAGUUAUUUCAAAUCUACUGUGUGCCAAAAUAUAUGUAAGAGGCUUUUGGAACGAACGGGUAAAGAAUUGGACAGAAAUCAAAUGAAAAACAAAUGGGACAUAAUGCGGAAAGAGUUCAAAUAUUACGACCAUUUAACAAGACUAGAAACGGGAAUUUCAGUUGAUCCCGAAGAUAAAGAGUUUGCUAAGUUUAAGGAUAAGAAUUUGGAUGUAUAUCAGACAUAUUAUGAGGCUUUAUUUCAGGAUACUAUAGCUAUUGGAGACAAGGCUAAGGUACCUUGCGAAUUUGGCGACAAUAACACUCCGAAUGAUGUACAAAUUGUGGAUAUUAUGGAUGGAAAAGAGGAUACUGAUGAAGUCCUCUUAUUUGAUGAUGUUGAUCCUUUUUUCACAAUCGAUAGUUCUAAAAAAAGUGAAGAAAAAAGUGAAGGAAAGAGCAUGGCAAACUCGUCAUAUGAACAGAAACUCGACACUGUUUUUGAUGUUCUGUUAACAAGGAGCACUCAACCCUCAAGACAAACCACACAGUCACCCACAACAGAAGAAUGCAUGGCAAUUGUCUCUACUUUCCUGGGUUUUGAAGAAGGCUCAAUAGGAUAUUUAGAAGCGUUAGAGGUAUUUUUAAAGAAACCAACUCGUCAAAAUUUUAUGGUUCCAAAGAGUGACGAAACAAAGAUGGAGUUUCUCAAGAGGCUUAUAGAGAAAGAGAAGUAG